CAAGGAUUUUUUCGAUCACCUUGCUUUUUCCUUACCUUAGUCCCCUCUCGAGAUCUCGGGGUAUUCCUUCCUCUGCUGUGUGCUGCUGUACUGGAAAAUUCGUUAUACAAUUCAUCAGUGUUUUUGGAUUGCUGGACACCCGCCUACCUGUCAACAUGCCUAAAGCUCCGAAGCAGAAAGUGUCAAAGAAGGUUGUUCACCCUAACUCCCGCAAAGCGUCACAGAUCUCAAGACACGAAGCGCAUCGCGAUCGUGUUCAGAAAAACAAAUCCAAGGCGGCGAAAGGAAUGCAGCAAUUGCGCACAGUGUUGGAAUGGUUCCACGAGCGAUGCACUGCAGAGUCAUACAGCCAAGACGAUGUCUGCGAUCUCAUUGAAGAGUACAUUUCUCGAUUUGAUGAUGAGCUAGAAGAGAUUCGUCUAGCAUCGACUUUGAAGGGACGCCAAGUACGGCCGCACGCUUCUCGUGAAGAUGCCUUGCGCAUGGUCCGAGAGAAGGAGCUGGCAUUGCUGACAACAGGUGGAUUCGAUGCGCCUGAUUUGACUGAUGCCAAGAACCUUGCACUCUUCCGGGCCUGGGACCAGAAAGUUGACCACAUUCCAACAUUCAAAAUGCGCAAGUUUCGCCGUACCCAAGCUCCUGAGCCUGAAUAAUCUUCAAUAUUACUAACUUACUACUGGUAGAAACACCUCUGGUCAUGCGCUACUAUGGCUGCGUAGACUGGCAUGAGGUCAGCAACCACCACAACGAGGAUGUCUCAAGUCAAAGACACUGGUCCGACAUGCUAAAUUGGCUGCGCUGCUGAUGGUGGUGACCAGCAAGUUCUGGAGUCUGAUGUCUGGACUGCCCUGUUCAACUACGUUGGUGCCAGACCUGCAUGGGAGUGGGUCACUGCUUCGGUGUGACGCGGAAGCCGUCAAGUGUCUGCAUUCUCUCGUGUUUUUCCAAAACUCGUGGGAAAGAGCAUUGGUGCAGUCAUCUAUCGACACAAGACGUCCACAUGGUUGGAUUCCCCACAAUGGUGCCGGCUCCAACUCCCCAGUCCAAGUACUAACUUUAUGGCAGUGUGCCUAUUGUAUCAUCAACUUCUCUCCUGCCAUGCCAUCUAAUGUGUGGAUUUUCUUUUCUUCUCAUCUGGGCUCUGUCAUUAUUAUAUCUUGGGUUGUGAAUAGUUACUCAUGCUCAUGAUCAACACAAUCAUGAUCAUGAGUGCUUCCCUGAAUUUUGAUUUUCAUAGCGCCUUCAUACUAUCUUUUCAUGGUCGACAGGAUUGCAUUGCGAUGUAGACAACUGCAGUCUCCUCAAUAUCCAUGUUAACUCCUGUCAGCAGGCAAAUACUAGUAGUUGUGGGUCAGCAAAUUACUGUCAGUGCUUUAUGUUCGUGUAUGUCGUAAUGUGCUUUGUGCACACUGUCCAGAGGCUGCUGCUUGCUAAAGCACUCUACAGUUCAACCUGUAGGUACUUGCAGUACCAUAGUGCAUAAAUCAGGUAGCUGGCGUCCAGAGCCCAAUUUAGUAAGGUUCUAUUUAGCUGCUUAUGAAUUGGAGGUUUUCAAGAUACACCUGGCUGGUGUUUGUUUCGGCAAAACCUUGACUAUGCUACGCCGCAAUACUUGUGACCACCAAGACCCUUCUAGCUCAGGAGCUUUCGGAAUGCUUGUCAUCAUCACGAAUCAUUUUGCUGAACUAG